UCCAAAGCCACGGGAUCAGGAGAAAAGAGAGUUUGUGUCCACUUGUGCUCCUAAAAUUAGAGGUAUCCGGUUUUCUUUUCAGUCGAGGUUGUGAUGACGCUUGGAAGUUUGGUGCUGCUUGGUGGCAGAGCAAGUUUGUAGUGUGUUUUGCUUCCCUACCUUUUGGUGUUACAGACAAGGUGUGAGUGAGGGAGGUGGGACGCUCUUAGAGCAGUAGGAGGAGCUGCACAGUGCACCAUAUAUGGACUACAAUGCUUUUCAUAUGGUAAAUAGAGGGUCACAUGGGGCAGGAGUCUUAAAGCAGCUGGGGGGGGGUAGAAGGGAGUGAAAGGAACAAGGAGGGAGAGGGAGUGAGUGGCUAAAGAGAUACUCUGGAGGACUUUGGUCUGCCUCAUGUGCAGAGGGAGCCACUUCAACCUGUGUUUAGAGGACACCAGAGAGGAAGCAGAAACUUUAGAGCACUCUUUGGAACUGGCUGCCAUGUGGAAGUUCAACUGAAUUCCUCCUUGUGACAGGAGUGUGAGUGUGUGUGAGCGGGUUUGACAACCGUGCGGCUCACACUCCCUCACCGGAGUCCAUUCUUUUCUUUAAGGCCCCUGCUGACUUUUCUCUUGUUUCCUGCGUGGGGAGGGUGGGCGGGUGAAAGGCUCAACGGCCGGUGUCAUCCAGCCUCUGCUCUGCCUGUGAGUCACUUGAACGCCUCUUCAUACCUUCUCUACCGGGCAAGUGAAGGGGAUCCAGCAUGCCCACCAACUUCACAGUGGUGCCGGUGAAGGAUGUGCAAGGCGACAGAAACAGGCACAAGCCGGCCAGUCUGGGAAGCGUUUUCAGAGAGGAAGAGGAUGAGGAGCCGCUGCAAGGGAGUCACUCAGGAGAUGACAAUCGAAGAGAGUCCAGUCCAUUCAUCAACUCCGAAAAUGACAGAGGACAGUACUAUGAUGGCAAGAACAUGGCCCUGUUUGAGGAGGAGAUGGACAGCAACCCUAUGGUAUCAUCGCUUCUCAACAAGCUGGCCAACUACACCAACCUGCCCCAGGGUGUCAGAGAGCACGAGGAAGCUGAGAACGAGGACGGCGUCAGGCGGGUCACGGUCAUGGGCCCCCAGAUGGGAACGUUCAUUGGAGUUUACCUGCCAUGCAUGCAGAACAUCCUGGGUGUGAUCCUCUUCCUGCGUCUCACCUGGAUUGUGGGUACAGCAGGGAUCCUGGGCUCCUUCGCCAUCGUCUCCAUGUGCUGCGCCUGUACUUUGUUGACAGCCAUAUCAAUGAGCGCCAUAGCAACCAACGGAGUUGUUCCAGCUGGUGGCUCCUACUACAUGAUCUCCAGAUCUUUGGGUCCAGAGUUUGGAGGAGCGGUGGGUCUCUGCUUCUACCUGGGAACCACCUUUGCAGGAUCCAUGUACAUACUGGGCACCAUAGAGAUUCUGCUGACGUACAUUGUUCCUGAUGCAGCGAUAUUUGUAGCAGCUACGAAGGAAGAUGAAAGUGCAGCAAUGCUCAACAACAUGCGCGUGUAUGGCAGCUGCUGCCUGGCACUGAUGGCACUGGUGGUGUUCGUAGGGGUCAAGUAUGUGAACAAACUUGCCCUGGUGUUUCUGGCCUGGGUGGUUCUGUCAAUCAUGGCCAUUUAUGCCGGAGUCAUCAGGACGGUCAUCGAACCACCAGAUUUCCCCAUCUGUCUGUUGGGGAACCGUACUCUUAAGAACGACCAAUUUGACAAGUGCCUGAAGACAGAGGUUGUGAAGAACAUAACUUACACAACGGACCUGUGGUCGCUCUUCUGUGAAAGCAAGCACCUCAACGCCACCUGCGAUGACUACUUCAGUGUUAACAACGUGACAGAGAUACAGGGCAUACCUGGGCUGCUGAGCGGAGUCAUUAAAGAGAACUUGUGGGGCGACUAUGGUCCAGUUGAGAUGCUGAUUGAGAAAAAAAGCAUGCCAUCGGUGGCAGUCAAGGACAACACCAAUGACAUCUAUAAACCCUAUGUCUUCAACGACAUCGCCACCUACUUCACUCUUUUGGUGGGAAUAUACUUCCCCUCUGUCACAGGUAUAAUGGCUGGUUCCAAUAGAUCGGGGGACCUGAGAGAUGCCCAGAGGUCGAUCCCUAUAGGAACUAUAUUGGCUAUUGCUACCACCUCCUUCAUCUACAUCUCCUGUGUGGUCUUGUUUGGAGCUUGUAUUGAAGGAGUGGUGCUGAGAGACAAGUUUGGUGACUCAGUAAAGAAGAACCUGGUAGUCGGUACACUGGCCUGGCCGUCACCUUGGGUGAUUGUGAUUGGCUCCUUCUUCUCCUGUUGCGGUGCGGGGCUUCAGAGCCUCACCGGCGCCCCCCGGCUGCUGCAGGCCAUCGCUCGUGAUGGCAUCGUCCCUUUCUUACAGGUGUUUGGUCAUGGGAAGGCUAACGGUGAGCCCACCUGGGCCUUGUUGCUGACAGCUGGGAUCUGUGAGAUUGGAAUCCUCAUUGCUUCGCUGGACGCUGUAGCACCAAUCCUCUCCAUGUUCUUCCUGAUGUGCUAUCUGUUUGUCAAUCUGGCCUGUGCUGUUCAGACUUUGCUACGCACCCCCAACUGGAGACCUCGCUUCAAGUUCUAUCACUGGACCCUGUCCUUCCUAGGCAUGAGUCUGUGUCUCUCACUCAUGUUCAUCUCCUCCUGGUACUAUGCCCUGGUUGCCAUGGUGAUAGCGGGCUGUAUCUACAAGUACAUUGAGUACAGAGGGGCAGAGAAAGAGUGGGGUGAUGGAAUCCGAGGUCUGUCUCUGAAUGCGGCACGCUACGCCCUCAUUCGCCUGGAGGAGUCGCCACCACACACCAAGAACUGGAGGCCUCAGCUGCUGGUGUUGUGCAAGCUGGACCCAGACAUGUUGGUGAAACACCCUCGUCUCCUCUCCUUCACCUCGCAGCUCAAAGCGGGAAAGGGAUUGACCAUCGUGUGCUCUGUCCUGGAAGGCACAUACAUGACCAGAGGGAAUGAUGCCAAGACCGGAGAAGAGAACUUAAAGGCGGCCAUGUCCGCAGAGCGCACCAAGGGUUUCGCCCACGUGGUGGUGGCGUCCAACCUGCGAGACGGUUUCUCCCUGCUCAUCCAGUCGGCAGGACUGGGAGGAAUGAAGCAUAAUGCUGUCCUGAUGGCCUGGCCUGCAGGCUGGAAACAAGCUCCGGACUCCUACGCAUGGAAGAACUUCAUAGAAACAGUAAGAGAGACAACUUCGGCACACCAGGCCUUGCUGGUUGCCAAGAACAUCGACCAUUUCCCUGGCAACCAGGAGCGGCUGAAAGAGGGAACCAUUGACGUGUGGUGGAUUGUACACGACGGUGGACUGCUCAUGCUGCUACCGUUCUUACUCAGGCAACAUAAGGUGUGGAGGAAGUGUAAAAUGCGUAUCUUCACGGUGGCCCAGAUUGAUGACAACUCCAUCCAGAUGAAGAAAGAUCUCCAGAUGUUCCUCUACCAUCUACGGCUGGAUGCAGAGGUGGAGGUGGUGGAGAUGCACGGGAGCGAUAUCUCAGCCUUCACCUAUGAGAAGACCCUGGUGAUGGAACAGAGGUCUCAGAUGCUCAGACAGAUGCAGCUGUCCCGCACCGAGAGGGAGAGAGAGAUUCAGAGCAUCACGGACGAGUCCCGUGGCUCCGUUACGAGGAAGAGGUCGUUGAUCUUAGAGGCCGCUUCCUCCAACACCCUGCAGGUCCCCAGGAUAUGCAUACCCAACGAUGAGGCCCAGCUGAUCCACGACCGCAACACGGCAUCUCACUCAGCCUUGAACGACAAGUCUGCGACCACGUCACCAGAAAACGUCCACAUGACCUGGACCAAAGACAAACUGGUUAAUGAGAGGACCAAGAACAGGGAGGGCAACGUGGGGGUUAAAGACAUCUUCAAUAUGAAACCAGAAUGGGAGAAUCUCAACCAGUCCAACGUGCGGAGGAUGCACACGGCGGUGAAGCUGAACGAGGCGGUGGUCAACAAAUCCCAGAAUUCACAGCUGGUCUUGCUCAACAUGCCAGGACCACCGAAGAACAAGGAAGGGGAUGAGAACUAUAUGGAGUUCCUGGAGGUUCUGAUGGAAGGCCUCGAUCGCGUCCUGUUGGUCCGUGGAGGAGGUCGUGAGGUCAUCACCAUCUACUCCUAGUGCCAUGAGGCUUCUGAUUGGCUGGAAGGGGAUUGGACAGCGGGACCCCAGUGGGCGGGGGAUUGGACAGAGCAGAGCAUGGCAUGGAGAUGGGACGUGGACAAGGCUGUCCAGCAGAGGAAGUCCCAUAUGCCCCCCCUAAAAAUGUCAAGAGAAGAGAUUACACAGCGCCACCUUAUGUUCUGGAGGACUGUGCUGGUUGUGAAAGACUUAGGGGAGUCUGCCUGCAAUGCUGCCUGAGCUCUGAGCACCAUCAGGGGGCAGCCAGGGCUGUCCACACCCCACUUUCCAGGGAGUACUGUGGUACAUCUGCAGCCUGCUGUCUCCAUAACUCAGUCACGUCUUUACACUGUCAGUCUGUACAGUGUGGCUGUAGUUUGUUCCUUUCUCAGAUAAAUGAUAAAGCUACAUUUGUCUCUCAGUUUUCUUAAAGGGAUAUCAUUUGAAUUUGAGUUUAUUUUGUUUCACCAGCCACUUGUGGGAGAAAGAAAGUUAGGAUUUGGUUUUUAGGAUUGUUAGCAUUUCUCAGAAUAUAAUUGAUUCCAAUAGCUGCAGUUAAGCUCAUUGGUUUCAAUGAUGAACACUAACAUUGACAAUCUGUGCUUUUAUUUGCUGCAGCGUCAUUUCAGAAAUGUUUACUGCUGCAUGACAUUUCCUGCUGAUCGAGAAUAGCGCUGACCUUUAAAAGUGUCAGGAGUCCCCUUCAACGAAUUAAAAGGACCAAAUGAUCACAUUUGGUCUCAGCCUCUGAAAGAUUCAGUGCAAGACAAGACAAUAUGCAUGAAAUGCAUUGUUGAAAUCCCAAAUUGUUGGUGAAACUUGUUCUACUGUGCUCUACUGAUGUCUUACCACCUAUACUGUAAAACUGUAAUAGAGCAUUUGUCAGAAAAUGUUUUAAAUGUGAUCAAAUUGCAUGAUUACCUUUGUUCAUAUCCGUGGUUUGGUUUGUGCAUAUUUCUGCUUUGAUUUGUUAAUUGCAUUGGUAUAAUGUCAUGUAUUCCCAUCAUACCAGUGCAACACCGAUCAAAGCUCAGUUACUACUGAUUACUACUAGGACAGUAUGAGAGUAGAAGUUGCUUUAUUGACUGUAUUCUAGCUCUGUGUAGAUGAGUGGUGAUCAACCUUAAUGUCCCAGAUCACAGUCACAUGAAAAGUGCCAAGUAUGAUUGAAAAUGUAACCAAGGACUGAAUUUCAUUGUGUUUUUAUCAUUUUAGCUAAUAUUAAUGGAGUUUGUGUAAUAUUUGCUUGACAUUUUUAUAUACAUUUGAGCAAAGCUGUAAGGCACAUGUGAGUUCACUUCAUGGGAAAACAGUGUCCCUUGGUACACUGGGGUCUUAUGACAAAUGAUCAACAUGGAGGCUACAUAAUACUAUCUACAAUGUAUUUUGAGUCCAGUAGAUACAAGUGCUUACAGUGUGUCUCGUGUUAGUCAGGUGGAAAGUAUAUACUGUAAAUAAAUAAGAACAAUAUUGUACAGAGUCUGAAACUGUGAAUCUUUAACACCACAAAUGCUUAAGUAUUGUUUUAUUUUUUUACCAGUUCACAGUAACCUUGGUUGUUUAAACAUUUUAAGCAAUGUUAAACAAUUCCCUGACUGGUUCACACCACAUUGAGGAGUGUCUCAGCACUCUUUCAGUGUGAUUAUUUUUUUAAGUGGCAUUGUUUUCACUCCUGUUGAUUGAUGGACCUGAUGUUGUUUGCUGUUGCUCAUAUUUUACUGUUGACAGGUUCAUCCUGCUAGAUGGUUAUGCAUUUUCUGCUGUGAAUUGUAAAGGCAAUGAAACUUAUGUCACACAUUCGGUCAUAACUGGUCGUAUCAGCUUUGAAUUCAAGUAAUAAAAACAGAAACAGA